GUGACAGUUUUGUGUACUUUGGUUUGUAUAUGACGUCAUCAGAUCUCUAUGGUGACCGAUAUCUCAACUUCUUUCUGAGUGCCGCAGUUGAAUAUUUUUCAGCCUUUAUAGAGUACUUGUGUCUAGCCAGGAUAGGACGUAAAUGGACAGCUAUCAUUGGUCAUAUCAUUGCUGCAGUAGGGUUGGCUGUCGCUACAGGAUUAACAUAUACAGCAGGUGGUAACUCUGGAAUGCUUACGGCAGCUACAGCAUUUAUGUUAAUUGGGAAAAUGGGAAUAACUACUGGGUAUAGUUCAAUCUAUCUCACUACACCAGAGCUUUAUCCAACAAACAUGAGAAAUAUUGGUCUUGGGGUUUGUUCCUUCAUGGAAAAGGUUGGAUCUAUGAUUGCUCCAUUCUCCAGGAAUGUGUCAAGUGAGAUAAAAUGGCUGCCGCCGUGCGUGUUUGCCGUCAUGUCUUUAAUCACAGUGAUAUUAUUUGCAUUUGUGCCGGAAACCAACGGUGUUGAACUUCCGCAAACAGUAGAAGAACUCAGUGAAUGGUAUCGCGUGAACAAAUUUGAACUACGAGUUGGCAAAAAUAGACUGGCAACUAAAGAGGUUGAAAAUAUUGUAAAAGAAUAGAGAAACUCAUUGUUGAUUUUUAAACAGAGCCUAGAAGUUUUAAGAAUUUCAAUGAAGCUGCUCUAAAAAUGACUUAUCUUCAAUGAAACGACUGGUGUCAAACUGUAUUAGCUAUACUGUUUAU